CUCAUGACAGUGCGUCAUUCAAAACAAUCUGCCUGAUAACGAAGAUGACAACAACAGAUCAGCAAGCUCAGGCUAGUCGCAGGAAUCAGGUGAUGGUAGGAGAAUUACCAGAAGAUUUCCUGCGUAUGCCUUCCAGUUCUGUGCAGCAACAGGUGAUAGCAGACAGCCGAGUGGCUCAGGUGCUGCAGGCCCAGCAAGCAAGAGGCUUUUCUUCUAUUCCGGCCAAUGUCACAGGAAGGCUAAACCUCAGCAUCAUUCAGGCAAAACUAGCAAAAAACUAUGGUCUUACAAAGAUGGAUCCUUAUGUAAGGGUGAGAUUGGGACAUUCAGUUUUUGAGACACCAACAGCAUAUAACGGAGCCAAGAACCCACACUGGAAUAAGGAGGUUUCAGUAUAUCUGCCGCAUGGAGUAGAAAGUAUAUAUGUUGAAAUAUUUGAUGAGAGACAGUUCACUAUGGACGACAGAAUAGCAUGGGCAUAUAUUACAAUACCACAGGGAGUCCUAAAUGGGGACACUGGGGAUAACUGGUUCCCCCUCAGUGGAAAACAAGGUGAUGAGAAGGAGGGCAUGAUCAAUUUAGUGAUGACAUUCACACCUCUGGAAAAUCUGCCUGCCUCAGCACCCACAUCAUUUACCUAUCAACAGCCUGUGGUUGUACCUAACAUGUAUUACACAAAUCCUGUCGUUUACCCAACACAAGGACAGCAAGUCCAACAGACCCAAUCCCAGCCAACUGCUGGUCCACAACAAACACGCCCUCUGUACACAGAAGAUGACCUCAAACAGGUUAAGGACAUGUUUCCUAAUAUGGAUGAGGAGGCUAUUAAAUCUGUCCUGGAAGCAAACCGUGGAAACAAGGACUCAACAAUUAAUGCAUUACUACAAAUGAGUGUGGAAUAAUUUCCUGUGCUUAUCUGGAGGUGUUGUUACAGAUCUAUUAUUUCCUAGAUAUGAUUCCUAUUUGCACUGCCAUGGAAAAUUUAACAGAUACUCUUCCCAGCGUGGCUUAUGCUAAAGGAUGUGAUUUUUAGUUUAAGAUAAGAUAUUUGUGGUUUGCAAAUAAGCAUGCAAUAGAUAUGUACCAAACUGCGCCAUAAUUACCAAUAAUGGGAUGCAAAUCAGAAUCAUAUCUGUAUAAAUUCAUACUAGCACUUGAAUCAAGUAAAAAUUAGAUAUUAUGUGUUAAGGAAUAGAAACCUAGACCCCUUUCUCAUCCAAAAAUCAAUACUCUGGUUACUGAAUUAGAAAAAAUGGCAAAAAAUGUUCUCUCCUGGAAGUAGAGAUGACUAUAGUUUUGCCAUGUGUCCAUCUGUCCUUCUGUCUGCUAUCUUUUUUAAGUUCUGGAUACUUCUUGUGUGACCUACAUUUUGACCUUUGACCUACAUCAAAGAAAAACUGUUUUCAGGGUUCUUUCCCGUACACUACUCUUAAUCAGAAUUCCAUACCUGGGGUAUGGGUUCACUUGCAGUGCAUUCUCUGCAUAUAGUUUCACAAUUGGUAGGGAACUGUAAUUUGCUGAAUUGUUUCGUAUUUCAAAAUUAAGGAAAAUUCAUUUGAGUUGAUGUUGUAUACGACAUGUUAUAAACAUGAAAUGCUAGCUCUGUUAAGUGUUACUAGAUAACCAUUUAAAAUAUGCUGGGAUUGAUUUACUAAAACAGGUUUUGAUUUACUUAUUCUUUGUGUACAUAAUAACUCGAUCUGCUGCUGCAAUAUUGAUGAUAUUGUGACCUUGAAACUAUGAAAUGGUACCUCUCAAGGUUUGAACAGUUUGGUGUGUGUAUUAUUGAUUAUGAACAGAAAUUACUAAAAUUAGGUUAGAAUACAGAAGGACAUUUCUCCAUACUUUUAGAAAUACUAGACAUUUUUUGUGUCACCUCAUUUUGUCAUGGUGAUUUAUCAAAUGGUUUGACUCAUUCAAUGAUUUAUUGUUUUAUUUUGAAAAAAUUUGAAGUAUCAAAAUAUAUGUUGCAUACUAAGUUUUUGAUAUUGACAGGCAAAGUUUGUCAGCAAAGCAAUAUAUAAUGUAGAAUGUAUAAAUUCUCUACAGCAAAUCAUUGGAAUCAGAAACUUUCUGAGAAUACUUCGUUAAAAUGAUAAAAUCUGUAAAAAUGUAUAUUUUGUAUAUAUGUAUAUUGAUUAUUAUCAGACCAUUUCAUAUGGACAUAGUCAAUUUCAUUCUGUAUAGAGUAGCUUUUAUAGCACAUAAUAUACAAAGAAGGUAUCUAUCACACCACAUCAUUGGUCUUAAAAAAGCAAUUAUUGUUAAAGUAAAGUAUGACAGAAACAGGAGGAUUUCUUUGGAAAAAAUAUUCAAGGGCUAUUUUUUUUAAUACUUUUUUUGUUUUGUUUAUUUUUAUUAGAAAAGAUAACAGACUUGACUUAUAUAGGCAAAGCUUGGUGAAAUAUGCCUUGUCAGCAGUUGUUUGACCUUAACAUAUUUACAAACACUUUAUUUAGGUUUGUUAGUUAUAUAAAUAAUUUGUACAUAAACAAAAACCAGCACUGUGUUAUGUGAAAUGAUUUAUUGACUAAUAGAUGUGUCCUGUCCAUUUCAUCAGAUAAAUGAUCAGUAGAUCGCUUUCUCUUGGACACGUCCAUCUGGCCCAAGUUGCUCAAAUUAAUUGCUGCCACUGAAGCAAGAUCUUUUGAAUCAUAUUGACACUCCAAAUAUAUCAGUCUGAUCUGUUUAAGCAGAUCUACUGAUACAAAAUGGUGAAGAAUAUCUGGUUUAAAUAUUAUUUAAAAUAUUUCAUCUACCACUGGUUAAAUCUAAUCAAGCUUUUAACAACUAGGGCCUGCAUGCUGACUUUAAUGGAAUGAUCCCAUUUAAUUACAGAUAUCUAUCAUGUGGGAAUAUUUAUCAGAUUGUCAGUUUAUCGUGUGGAAAUUGAUCUUUCCAGUGUUUACAAAAUUUUAAAAUUAUAUAUUAAACUGUUGAUUGUUUCAAGAUGAUAGGAUGUGAAAGGAACUUACAGUAUUAUUAUAGUAAUCAUUAUUUGUGAUCUAUGGAGAGACAGGAUCAUGAGUACAUGAGAUCAUAUCAUGUAAGACAAGAAAUAUAUAUGUCAGAUAUAAAUAAUUAUAGAAAAAAAAUAGUGCUUUUAAACUAUACGUGUUACAGCAUGUGAGUAAGCAAUAUACUUGUACUUAUUAAAGUAUUAAUUGUAAAUUUGUAUCUACUUAACCAAAAGAUUAAAUGUAUGCACAGUUUACCAGGUUCUGAGUAUUUAAUUUAUACUUUAAAGAUAAAGAAUAUUGUACAAUGCAUUAACUGUAUGGGUUGUGAUUUUGUCAGAAAGAAAUUAUGUUAAUGCAGGAGUUAUUUCCCUUAUGUAAAUGAAAGUUACAUUUUAUCGCCAUAUGUUGUAUCAUUCUGUUAAAAGCUAGUAGGUGGCAGGUUAAGAAAAGUAUGUAAUUUAGCUGUAUUUUUUUAAAGAAAUAUUACUUCCUUGCUGCUGAUUGCUUUCUGUUCAUUCCUUUUUUACUUUGAUGUGUGUUAUCAAAAACAUAUUAAAUUUUAGUGUAUAGACAUCUGAAUCUGAAGCAAUGGGUUGAAAUUUGUGUCACCUUAAGCAAUCGAAAGCUAUUUCAGAUAUCAAAGAAAAAAUACAACAAAAAAUGGGCAGUUUUUUCAGUUCUACUUAUUUUUUUCUUAACAUAUGUUUUUUGUUAUGUCUAACUUAAAUGGAUUUAUAAUGGUGUGCAAAAUCCUAGACAUGAAUUAAAUUGAUUCCAAGUAUUCCCACUCUUUUAAUUAACAUGCAAUAUCAAAGUGCUCCUAUAGUGCAGAAUACUAUACAUAUGAGUGCUACACUGUAAAUGUGAUCCUUUUGUCCUUGUUUUUUGUGGGCUUUGAAGAGGAAAUUUGUUGUGCCGUACAUGUGAUAAUAUGUGAUACAUUGGUUAAAUAAAGUACAACUUAGAAAAUAUAGAUAAAAUUGUUAUAUAUUAAAA